AUGGCAGGAAGACCGAAUCGAAAUCAAGGAAACCAAGAGGGACUUCAAGUGAACCCUCCUGCACCAGAAGAGGAAGAGGAUGAGAAUAUAUUUGUAGAAUUCAUCAAUGAAGCUGAAUAUGCUUCUGCUGUGGUUCCUCCUAGAGUUGAAAAUGCUACUUUCAAAAUUGAUAGUUCUAUCUAUCAUCUGCUGAAACUGGAAGGUUAUUUCCGCAAUUCUGCGGAGGAUUGUCCACUUCGACAUUUGAAGAAUUUCCUGCAUGUAUGUGCUCAACAAUCCCAAGGUGCUGUUUCUGCUGAUGCACUUCGAUUACGGGUAUUCAAAUAUUCCUUGGCUGGUCCAGCCAGGGAAUGGUAUGAAAAGCUUCCAAGCAAUUCUAUUCAUACUUGGAAUGAGUUAGCAAAUACAUUUUUAAAGAAAUGGUUCCCGCCAAGCAAAAAGGCUGAGCUUAGAGACAAGAUAUUUGAGUUCAAGCAACUUCCGAGGGAACAAUUAUAUUCAGCGUGGGAGCAUUUCAAGUAUUAUCUGGCUCAAUCUCCAACCCAUGGAUUUUCGGAUGCAAUUCUCACAGAAAAAUUCUACAAGGGUUUGGAUACAAUGAACCAGAUCGCCGUCAAUUCAGCCGCAGGAGGAUGCUUUAUGGACAAAUCAUUUAUAGUUAUCACCAGAUUGCUGGAUAAGCUCACCACCCAUAAUCAAGCUUGGCACUCGAGUGAUAGUGAAUUCCUGUCAUAUAGUAGUCCCUCUGCUGCCGCUGUGGCAAAAGAAAAUCAUAAGCGAGAUCAUGCUUUCGCUCAAUUGCAGACCACUGUGGAUUUGCUGUCAAAGAGGCUUACAAACCAAGAAACUAAAAGUGUGAAUGUUGUCGAAGAGAUGCCACCUCGUACUCCCGGAAUGUACCAAGUUUCGGAGGAAGUUUAUCUAGAGGGGCAGCCACAACGUGAGGAUGCCAAUUAUAUCGAUCACUCUCAGGGGGGUUACCAAAAGCCAUGGAGACCCCAACAACAAAGCAAUAAAUAUGGUCAAAAUGAUUAUGGUGGUUCGGAUAGGAGAGAUUACAACAACAACAAUUAUGGUAAUCGGAAUUUCAAUGCCUAUGUUCCACCAAAGGGCCGUACGUCUAACUCUCAGAACUGGCGAGAAAGUCCUUCCAAUGAUCAAGGGACCUCUCGGAUGGAAUCUAUGCUUGAAAAGAUAUUGGACAACCAGCUCAAGAGUGACAAGAAGAUGGAAAAUUUGACCGAAGUGGUAGGAAGCGGAAAGGUCCUUGAUGCGGUAAAUCAGAAAGUGGUUGAACCUAUCAUUGUCGAUCCGAUUAUUGAUGAGGUUGUUGAAGAAGAGGUUGAACAAGAAAAAGAGGCACCAAUUGAGGUGCCUAUUGUUGUUGAGAAAGAGAAUGAAGUGCACCCUAGUGUUGAAAUGGGUGACGAGGAGCCAAAUGUUAAAAAAGCCACCGGAGAAAGCUUUCCAAAGAGCAAGGUCACAGGGGCAAUUAAACCCUUGACUCAAACGUAUAAGCCUCCUCCCCCGUUUCCACAAAGAUUGAUGAAAAGAACAGAGGAUGCCAAGUGCCAACGAUUCUACGACCAACUAAAAGGGUUGCCAAUGAAUAUCCCAUUCCUGGACGCAUUCCAAGAAAUGUCGGGAUUUGCUAAAUAUUUGAAGGAUUUGUUGAUAAAGAAAAGGCCAAUCAAGCAUGAUACAAUAGGAGUCACCCACCGUGUGAGUUCUAUUAUCUCGUCAUCAAACAUCGAGAAGAAGGGAGAUCCUGGGGCUUUCACUAUCCCUUGCACCAGCGGUCAUCAUAACUUUGCUCGGGCUUUAUGUGACAAUGGUGCUAGCAUUAAUUUGAUGCCGCUAGCCAUAUAUAAGCAAGCCGGUUUGGGAACACCUAAACCAACGAGCAUGCGUCUCCAAAUGGCCGACAGAACAAUUAAAAGACCGGUGGGGAUUGUUGAUGAUAUCCUCGUUAGAGUGGGGGAAUUCUUAUUACCUGCAGAUUUUGUCAUUCUUGAUUGUGCGGUUGAAAAAGAAGUCCCAAUUAUUUUGGGAAGGCCAUUUCUUGCCACUGGGAGAGCCCUAAUGGACUCAGAAAAGCAUGAAAUAAAAUUUCGAGUCAAUAAUGAAGAAGUAACCUUCUAA